AUGGACCUGACCCCUGAAGAGCUUGCAGAGUGGUACCUCAAGCUUCAGACCGUGGGUAACGUACACAACAUCAACCUCGUGACACCCGAACAUGUCGUCCCACAGGUUGUCUUGUCCAUCCUUGCCGCGCGAGACAUGGGUUUACGAGUGCCCAUCAUCUACAACACCUCGGCCUUUGAUUCCUUGGACUCAUUGAAACUUCUAGAUGGCCUUGUGGACAUCUACCUGCCUGAUUUCAAGGUUUGGCGCGAUAGUACGUCGAAACGACUCCUCAAGGCGGACAAUUACAAGGCAACCGCCAUGGAGAGCAUUCAAGAAAUGCAUCGCCAAGUGGGCGAUUUGUCAUUUACGUCAGACGGAAUUGCCAAGCAGGGCGUGCUGCUUCGUCACUUGGUGAUGCCCGGCAAGGAAGACGAGGGACGGGAGAUCAUGCGCUGGCUUGCGGACAAUGUCUCGAAAGAUCUCUAUGUCCACAUCAUGGAGCAAUAUCAUCCUGACGCACACGUGGGCAAGAAGAAAAGGCCGAGUCGGAAAGGGUCCGUUGGACUGACGGGAGCAGGAGAGACGGAGGGAUCUGAGCAGGGUGAACAAGUGCGAUAUGCGGAAAUCAAUCGUGCAGUGCGCGAUGAGGAGGUGACCUCUGUUCGCGAUGCUGCGGUCCAGGCGGGCCUUUGGCGUUUCUGUGAGGUACAUGAGCAAAAUAGUGCUUUUCAUCUUUGA